CCGUCUGUCUUUCGACCGUUGGCAGCCGCAUCGAGGAAGACGAACUCUUCCCCGUCUCUAGGUCGUGGGCGAGCGAUCGAGCGAGAGGGGAGGCGAUGGUGGCCACUCGAGGCAAGGCGGCUACAGUCGAGGCAUCGGCGAUCCACUGGAAUCAGGUGAGGGAUAGGCGGCGGGGGAGCCCCCCCUCCUCCCCUCCUCCCCCUCAGGCGGCGCUAUCGCCGACGGCCCCGGCCAGUCCCGCAGAUUACGAGAGGCUGCGAGGUGAGAGGAUCAAGGAGAACAUGGAGAGGUUGCGGAGUUUCGGCAUACUCGACCUCUCCCUCCAACUCAAGUCUCAUCUUCCAACGAACCCCUCCCCCCAACGCCGCAGGAGGAGGGGAGACGUCACCGGCAAUUUUGGAGCGAAGAAGUUUCUGAUUUCGUCAACAUCGAAAAGGCGAUCCUCCAGAUUGCAAAAUGUAGCCCCAGUUAGCUAUGCCGAAAAUGGUCAUAAAAACCUGAACUUUAAGAAGAGCAACUCAGUUGAAGCAGGUGCAAAGGAAGAGGUUUAUGCAGUUGAACAUGAGAAGUUAUUAGGCACAUUUGAGACGAGUUGGACACUGUUAGUGGAUGGAUAUGGUAAAGAUGGAAGGCGCAUAUAUGAUCCUAUAAAUGGGAAAACAUGCCAUCAGUGCAGGCAAAAGACACUUGCUCAUCAUACUCACUGUAGCAAAUGUCAGCUACUCCAGGGGCAAUUCUGUGGAAAUUGUUUGUUUACGAGAUACGGUGAAAAUAUUCUGGAAACCAGCAAGAAUCCCAAUUGGAUUUGUCCAGUCUGUCGAGGCAUCUGCAAUUGUAGUUUAUGUAGAAUCAAGAAAGGAUUGACCCCCACCGGCAUUCUAUACAAAAAGGUUGUAAAUUUGGGAUACAAGUCUGUGGCGCAUUAUCUUAUUCAGACGCAGCAGCAGCAGACAAUUUCUGGUGAUUUAAGUUCUCCCAAGUCGGCCUCUGCAGAAGAUUCAUCUUGUGUUCACAAUGAUCCUGAGGAGAAUAAAAGCAAGGUAGAAACCGGAAAGAUCACUGAAGAAAACUACUCGUCUAUUGAAGCUGGGGUAAUUAGCUCAGAUGAGCACAGUGCAAAGAAUGCUGUGGCUAAGAAGGAAAACAAAUCGUUUGAAGAUGUAAAUCCUGCCAUUGGCAGCAUUGCGAGCAGAAUAAGAAAGCGGAACAUCGCAUGAACAUGCUUUUCUACUGUUUCAGUAUCUUGUAGACGUUAUUGCACAAUUAGGAAAUCAGAUAGUUGAGACAGAUGAUUGGCUAAUUUUGUGGCUUUUGAAGUAACACUUGCAGUGCCAAUUCUAGAAGCAUUUUCAGUUCCCUAUUUAAAUAGAAUCGUCUGUCAAAGUUUAGGUAGAGAGUGAACUGUAUUGUUGUCAUAUUUGCUGUCAUUGCACGUUGUAUUAUCAUCAUGAAUUUGUUUUAGUUCUAAAUACAGCUCA